AUGGCUUCUCCAAGGCGUUCGUGGUCGUUGUCUCUGCUGCCACCUGAGAUAAUACAAGAAAUCUUUUACAAGACUCCGGCGGAAGCUCUCGUCCUAUCAAAACCAACAUGCAAGAAACUCUACACUCUCAUCACCGACCACAGUUUCAUCUACAAACACUUCCAACGCACUCAAGAACACUUCAUAAGAGCCUCCGAUACGGUACAAAUCAUGGAUCCAAUAACCAGAAAAAUCUCAGUUUCACCAGUCCCAAACGAGUUAUUACGACAUCCAUUCAAGAUUGAUACUUUGGUCAACACACACAUGGUUCACUGCGAUGGGUUCAUGCUGGUUGCGUAUAAUAUGUUGAAGUACAGAGACGACGGAUCAAGAGACACCAACCUCGCGCUUUGGAAUCCUGUCUUGAGAAACAUCAGAUGGAUCGAGCCCUCACGAAGUAUCACGACCUCUGACUACCACGGGAUUGGAUAUAAAAACAAGCCUAGCGAUGGUUACAAGAUCUUGAGGUUUACUAGUCGCCUUUGGGAGAUUGAGCGUCAUGAAGAUGAACCAGAGGUUGAGAUUUAUGAGUGCAAAACGAGUUCUUGGAGGACGCUUGAUGUGGAACUUGAUGAGGGUGUGAUUAUCAUGCUUAACUGUGUGGCUGUGAUGGGUAACAUGUAUUGGGUUGCUUAUAGGGAUGAAGAAGUAGAAACAGAGUUUAUCUGGAGUUUCGAUUUCUCAGAUGAAUCAUUCAAGGAGAUAUGUUUCUGUCCUCCUUCUUAUGAUAUUAGUCACUUAGCUUCUUUAAAUGGAGAUAGCUUGUCUUUGUUAAAACAAGACGAAGUAUCAAGAACCAUUGAGGUGUGGGUUUCAAGCAAGUUGGGUGAUGGUGAUGGUGAUGUCUCGUUUAGCAAAUAUUUCAGUUUGUCCGGUCCUGACAUUCCGGCGUUACGGAUCGAUGAUGAGGCGGCUCGUCCUGUAUACUGCUUUGUGAAGACUAAGAGUGUUCUUGUAUGGUGCGUGGGAGUUGAAGGAGAAGGUGAUAAUGUUUGUCGUUGCCUUACUCUGUAUGAGAUUGAUGAGGAUGGGGUGAGAAAUGAUAAGGUGACAGAGCGUGACUACGUGCAUGACUAUUCUCGCUCCAACCUUUGUGGCUAUGUUUAUGUUCCAAGUAUGAUCCCUCUUCCAUGGGUAGGAGAGUAA